AUGGUAAGUAAUAACCAAGUGAUAUAGUGUUUAAAUACUAACAACUAUUCAGUCACAAAAUACCAAAACUUAUAAAGAUGCAUUCGCGUUAUUUGAUAAAAAAGGAACUGGGAAAAUUCCAGUUGAACAUUUAGGUGAUUUAUUAAGAUCAAUUGGACAAAAUCCAACAUUAGCUGAAAUAUCAGAUCUACAAAAAUCAAUUAAAGGUAAUGAGUUUGAUUUUGGUCAGUAUGUAGAAAUUAUAAAUAGACCAGAUGGGUUUAAACCAUUAGGAUUACCAGAAGAUUACAUUAAAGGUUUUCAAGUUUUUGAUAAAGAUAAUACUGGUUAUAUUGGUGUUGGAGAAUUAAGAUAUAUUUUAACAUCAAUUGGUGAAAAAUUGUCGGAUUCAGAAGUUGAUGAAUUAUUGAAAGGCGUUAAUAUAACAAAUGAUGGUAAUGUUGAUUAUGUUGAAUUUGUAAAAUCUAUAUUAGAUCAAUAG